AUGCACAGAGACAUUCCCCUGUUCUCCGACUCCCGGGGGAAGCGCGGCAGCGGCGUGAGCGGCACGACAUAUGCCCUCAUCGGCAUCUGCGUCCUCCUCUUCGUCGGUUACAUCAACCUCCACUUCGGCAAGUCGGCGGCCGUCCGGGAGGUGGAGCGCCACCGCAAGGACAUCGUCGCGCACACAGCCAAGGUACAGCACCUGGAGGCGCAGCACACGCUGAAGGACCGCAGCCGCGAGGAGAUGCAGGCGUCUAUCGACUCGCUGAACAAGAGGUUGGAGACCGCCGAGGCCGCCCUGCAGCGCGAGGCGGUCAAGGCGAAGGAGUUCGAGGAGAAGGUGGCCGUCAUGGAGGGCACCAUCGAGCUGCACAAGCAGGAGGUGGAGAAGUGCGGCAAGGAGAAGAAAGCCGCUGAAGACGAAUCCAGGCACUCCAAGAUCGAGGCCGAGUACGCCAACGACGCGCUGAAGAGGUGCAAGACUGACCUGGCCACGUCGGUCGACGGAGUCUCGUCAGCCGGGUUGAACGCGGGCCGAGAUCCGAGGACGGCUGCACCCGAGCACAAAAAGGUGGAGGUCGAGGACGAGCCCGAGGAUGUGAUCGAGGAUGCCCCGCUGCCGAGGGAGACGCGACGCGGCGGGGACGGGGACGGGGACGCGGGUGUCAUCUUCGCGGACGACGAGACGGCAAAGGCGUUUGGGUUCAGGAGCGGCAGGGAUUGA